AUGAUGGCAGCCUCUUCCACCAUGAGCAAGGAAUCAGCAGCAAGCUACGACAUGGCGGAAUUCGACCAGUCAGCAAUCUUUCUCUACCUCGAGGAUGGCCACGAUCAAGAACAACAACGACAGACUCUGAACAUCUUUCCAUCGCAGCCAAUGCAUGUGGCCGAGCCAAUUCCUGCUAAGGAUGUUAGCAUGGGCAUGGUGGCAGCCAGCAUGCUGCCAAAUGGCAACUCUUCUUCACCCAAGAGACAAGAGCAAGGUGGCCAGCAGAGGAGCGUCGCUGCUCCUGCAGGCCCCGUUGUGCCGUUGCCUAAUAACAACUUAGGCAAGGAUAAUAGGAAUAGCCUUACUAAGAAGGAAGAUACUAGCGGUGGGAAGGGUGCAGCAUCUGCAGGUUCUGUUCAGGAGAGAGUGAAAGACCCUAAGACAUUGAGGAGGCUUGCACAGAAUAGAGAAGCAGCAAGGAAGAGCAGGCUUAGGAAGAAGGCUUAUAUUCAACAGUUAGAGACAAGUAGGAUCAGGCUCAGCCAGCUGGAACAACAAGUUCAAGUGGCAAGAGUACAGGGUGUCUUCUUAGGCACUGGUGAGCAGCCAGGUUUUCCUUCUGCCCCUUCACCAGCUGCAGUAUUUGACGUGGAGUAUGGAAGGUGGGUUGAAGAGCACAGCAAGCUGAUGUUCCAGCUGAGGGCGGCACUGAGCGAGCACGUGGCGGACGAGCAGCUGCAGAGCUUCGUGAAUGGUGGCAUGGCGCAGCACGAGGAGCUGCUGCACCUGAAAGGCGCCAUGGCCAGGGCCGAUGUCUUCCACCUCCUGUCUGGGGUGUGGGUAUCCCCUGCUGAGCGUUGCUUCCUUUGGUUGGGAGGUUUUCGCCCCUCGGAGGUUAUAAAGGUGAUGCUAAAGCAUGUGGAGCCGCUGUCAGAGGGACAGAUCCUUGGCAUCUACCAACUCCAGCAGUUAGUGCAGGAGAGGGAGGAGGCUCUGAACCACAGCAUGGAAGCCACCCAGCAGCACAUCUCGGACAUCGUCGCUGCUCCUGAUGUCGCCCCCGCCACCUUCAUGGGCCACAUGUCCCUCGCCAUGAACAAGGUCGCCGCUAUGGAGAGCUUCGUCAUGCAGGCAGAUGGGCUAAGACAGCAGACCCUCCACAAGCUCCAACACAUCCUGACCACCAGACAGGCUGCUCGUUGUCUGCUCGCCAUCGCCGACUACUUCCACCGCCUCCGCGCGCUCAGCACGCUCUGGGUUGCAAGGCCCAGGCAGGACGACGGCCCGGGGCUGCAGUAG